CUAUGUCCCAGAAAUGUUUCUAAAGACGUAAUGGAACAUUUAGCAGAAGACUGUGCUUUAAUUAAAGCAAUUUAAUUUUUUACACCUUUCCGAAACAGUUGGCAUGAUAUUUUAAUAUGUUAAUAUUUAUAACUCUCUUAUAAUGUAUUCUUUUCAUUCGUGGAAGACAGAUAAACAUAGUUUUGAUAAACUGAGUUUAUUAUGCCGAUAGUAACAAUAAUAGUUUUCUUGCAGCUAUGAAUUACUCAACGCUUGGAGGAAACACGAGCAUAAAUUGGUCUACGCAAAAACCCAACACGAUUAUGUUCGUUCAAAUCGACAUGACGGUCGCUCUAGUGUUCUCGAUAUUAGAUAUCGUUGGAAUUAUUGUCGGCUCAUUGGCCAAUAUCGUCACGAUCGCACUAGUUCUCAUCCAAUCAGAACUUCGCACAACGACCGACGUGUUCACGUCCAGCCUAUGCGUCUCGGAUCUUUUAGCGAGCGUUCUCUUCCAACCUUUUGUGAUUCGUCGAUUGCUUGCUCGAAAACCCAACCAAUCAUACGAGUGGGCACUGAGGCGAACAAUAGGACAAGCUACCCUUGUCGCAAGUUCUCUGAGCCUGCUGACAGCCGCCGUCGACCGCUAUAUCGUACUGCGCUGGCCAUUGCGUCAUGAAAACAUAAUGCAGAGAUCGACUGCGCUGUUUGUGAUCAGCGGAGUAUGGCUUGUCUCGUUCUCAAUGGGCGUGAUAGCGUUCUUCAAGCGCAAUGUGUCAGCGGUUGUAUUUCCCAGCAUUAUUGCGAUCAUCGUUGCCACCAUUGUCGUGAUACAACUUUCGAUUUUCAUCAUCGCGAAGAAACAGGUUGAUAAAAUGAAGAGCCAGUCAAGGCAAGCCGGCGAACAAGGAGCAAGGUUUGUCACAAAUAUGCGCGCGACAAGGACGACAGCUCUGCUGCUAGCAGUGUUUCUUGUAAGCUGGUUGCCGUCCACAAUUUUCAGAUUCUAUGACCGUCUCUCCGGUGGAGAUAUGGUGACGUUUCAUAAAUGGAUGCACCUGCUGAACACCCUCAUUCAGAUUCAUUGUACACUCGAUCCAUUCCUUUAUGUGUUGCGCCACCGACGACUUAUGACCGUGAUCGAAAGAGUUUUUAAGCGACGCGUUGACGCCGGCGUGAUGCUGGAAAAUUUCGCAUCGAAAACGGAUUUGCGAUAGUGAAAAAAACGGUUGGCAGCAUGCGAUCGAUUUGUCAGGUAUAAAAAAUGCUUGAGCCGUAGAGGCAAUUUACGUCAUCACGCUGUGAUUUCAUUGUCGACAGCUAGUAAAUAUCUGAGACUGAUUGUACGAUGGCUGGAAGCGCUAACUCGCAGAUAGUGAUUUUUCAACCGUUUUCAAAGCUCGAAAAGUGGAAACCCAAAAAGGUUACAGCGUUAGAGGUAACAACUUUUAAAGGAAAUUUAAGACUAAUGUAAGGUUGGAUCAAAUAUAUACCACAAGGGCAAUUUUACAGCGAUUGAGGAAACGGUUCAUUCAGUAAAUAGUGCCAUACAACUUUCGUCAAAUGUAACUUGGAAUAAAGGAAACUGCAAAUAAAUGAUAAAAAAAUUUUUUGCACAUGUACGAAAUAUUACAGGAGUUAAACAAUGUCAUUGAAUUACCUAAUAAAUUAUCAGA